AAUCAUGCCUUCUUGGGCGCCUCUAAGCGAUGACUUGCUUCAGUCUCGCCGACUUGUACAAGUGGGACCAGAAACAGUUCUCGACACAUCAUCAACAGACAUCCCAGGCCACUAUGGCCCGAAUGUGGACGACAGCUGGAACCUCGAGCGCUUCAAGCAGAACCUGAAGGUCGAGUUCCACCAUAAUAAAACAUACGAUACCGCAUUUUCUCUCGUUGGCGUCGACGCCAGUAUCGCCAAUGCCUUCCGCCGAAUCCUCCUCUCCGAACUACCGACCCUCGCAAUCGAAGAUGUCUUCAUGUUCGAUAAUACGAGUAUCAUCCAGGAUGAAGUGCUCUGUCACAGGCUAGGACUCAUACCGCUCACUGGAGGACGAGAAGGACUACAGUGGUUGAGGUGGUAUCGGAAACCUCCACCGAAAGACGACUACGCAGCACUUGCAGCAUGGGAGGCAGAGAAAGAGUCGGGUGGGAUCGAUCCAGCGUCGAGUGUGCCGAGCGACUACAACACGAUCGUCAUGGAGCUGAACGUUGAAUGUCGAUGGGCGACCCAAGAAGAGGAUGGCAGGGACGGCAAGCAACUUGCCAAAGACGGAUCCACCGACCCGAAGGAGAAAUACGUCAACAGCAGCGUGUAUGCCCAUCAAUUCACAUUCAUCCCGCAAGGAAACCACCAGCCAACACUGUUCGAAGGCGAGAACGCCAUACGACCCGUCAACCCCGAUAUCCUCAUUGCGAAAUUACGGCCAGGCCAAAGAAUCCACCUUCGCGUCCACUGCAUCAAAGGUAUUGGCGCCGAUCAUGCGAAGUUCUCGCCUGUCGCGACAGCUUCGUACCGAUUGCUGCCUCAGAUCGACAUUAAGAGUCCGAUCACGGGUCAGUCAGCGAAGGCCUUCCAAAAAUGCUUUCCCCGAGGCGUCAUUGGAAUUGAACACGACGAGGCACUGGGAGAGAAGAAAGCCGUUGUCAAAGACCCUUUCAAAGACACUGUCAGCAGAGAAUGUCUACGCUACGACGAGUUCAAGAACAAGGUCAAGCUGGGGCGGAUCCGGGACCACUUUAUUUUCAGCAUCGAAAGCACUGGCCAGCUCGAGAGCGACGAGCUCUUCCUCGACAGCGUACGCCUCUUGAAGGCCAAAUCUGAGCGGUUCAAGAGACAUUUGGCCGACUUGGAGGAUGGAAGGUCGAGCACGCGAGCAUGUGGAGCCGAAAGGAGUCUUGCAGUUGUAGCGAGCAUUUCCAGGCCCUCUCAGCUGCCAAUCGAGGGACUUCUGGGCGUCCAUGCACCCGUACCAGCCAAAAGUGCUGUGGCCACAUCGCGCAGCCGUUAUGAUCUGUAUCUGUUCGGAAUCUCGUCUGACGAUCUCUCGGCCCGAUCUCAUAUGCACAAGUAUACGGUCCUGGAAAGAGUAUCUGCGAACAGUUCAUAG